AUGGCAGACAACGACAAUACUCCUCGCUGUGCCAUCUUGGACGGGAAGUAUUUUACCGUGAUUUCAUCUAGGGACGACAGUGUAAAGGCUGCCUGUUCGUUUUGUAAAGCAACCAUCUGUGGCGCCUACUCGUUAACCUCGAAUUCCAAGCUUCACUUAAAGCGCGUGCAUCCACAAGAGCUAAGAAGGUUCGAUGAGUACAAAGAAGGGUGGAGAAAACAAGCAGUCAAGAGAAAGGCCGACGCCCCUGCUGACAAAAUGCGCCAAACGAAACUGUUUUGCUCUCCCGGGAGUCAACUGACUCAGCCUAAAGUAGACAAUCUGACCGUCAAGUUCGUUGUGGAUGGGUUGCAUUCAUUAUCGACAGUCAAAGAGCCAGGCUUCAUACAGCUUGUAACAGGCUUGCGCCCAGGGACUAGUGUGAUGUCGCGACGCUCCCUAGGUCGGCGAAUUGAUGAGGAAUGGGAAAAGUUUCUGGAUGACGCGCGAGAGAAGUUGUCUGGUAAAAGCUAUGUUGCAACCACAGCUGACAUCUGGUCCACUCACCAUCGUAGCUUCAUGGGUGUCACGGUUCAUUGGAUCGAUGCUGACACCCUUUCUCGGAGGUCGCUCGCACUGGCCUGCAGGAGGUUUCGUGGAAGCCACACGUACGACAGGAUAGCAGAAAUGCUGGAAGACAUCAGGCAGUCCUUCGACAUCUCGCGGGAGAAGGUCGUAGCCACGGUCACAGACAACGCCAGCAACUUCGCCAAAGCCUUCAGGGAGUUCGGCUUUUGUUCUGAGAUUACUGACCGGGGUAAGGGUAAUGCUGUACUUAUUAUCAAACAUUUUCUCAGAUUUUUUAAGGACUGA